AAUAAACAAACAACAAUAGUAAAGGAAAAUACUAGGGAGGGAGAGAAAGUAAGUAAGAGAGGAAAAACCAAAACUAAUAAGCAAAGCAAAGCAAAGAAAAGAAGAGAAGAAAAGGAAAACAAACUAUCUCAUCUCUUUUCUUUUCUUUUCUUUCUUCUCUUCUCAUCUCAUCUAAUCUAAUCUAAUCAACCUUGUUCUUCACUCCUCUCUAUCUCUAUAUACAAAGGGGGUCUGAAAAUUAAGCUCAUUGUUUAAUUUAUUUUCAUUUUCUUUUCUUUUUUUGUUCUCUGGAGGAGGAGGAGGAGAUAGAAACCAGAACAAGUAAUGGAGAACUUGUCAUCAUCAUCAUCACCAAGACCACAAGAGAUGAGAGAAAACCCAUCACCAAAAAGCAAUGGGAGUAACAGUAGCAGUAGCAGCAGUAGUAACAGUAAUGGAGUUCAACCACCUUUAACACCAAAAACAAUAUCCAGAUCUGAAACUAAUGCAUACCCAACAACUUUCAUACAAGCAGAUACAUCAUCUUUUAAACAAGUAGUUCAGAUGUUAACAGGAUCAACAGAAACAGCAAAACAAGCAUCAAAAUCAAAUUUUGAUCCAUCAACAAAAAACCCAAUACCACCUAUCAAAACAGGGCCUAAGAAGCAAGGUUUUAAACUAUAUGAGAGAAGAAACAGUAUGAAAAAUCUCAAGAUUAGUCCAUUAAUGCCUGGAUUUAUGCAACAGACUAACUCUGGGUUCUCACCGAGGAAUCAAGAGAUCUUAUCACCAAGUAUACUUGAUUUUCCUUCGCUUGUUCUUAGUCCUGUUACUCCUUUAAUUCAAGACCCAUUUAACAGGUCUUCUCCUUCAUUAACUUCUAUGGGUACUACUAAUUCUGUUGGCGUGGCUGAAGAAAGAGCAAUUGCAGGAAAAGGUUUUUAUUUGCAUCCAUCCCCGAGAGCUUCGACACCUGGAGCUACAGAACCAAGGCUACUUCCUUUAUUUCCUGUUACAUCACCGAGAGUUUCAGGUUCUUCUUAAAUUUAAGUUUUGAAAUGCGUAAGCUCUCUUUAUUUUCCAUAUAAUGAAUGAGUACUACUUGAAUUAAUUUGAAGAGAGGGAAAAAAAAGAGAUGGAGAUCUUAUCUCAAUUGUACAAUUUGAUCCCUUCAUUUUGCUUGUUUUAUUAUCAUAGAUAGAGAUCUAUGAAUAUGAGAUUAAAGAUCUCUUAGAAAUGGGCUUGGAUUGUUUUUUCUUUUUUCUCUUCAUUUUUCAUGGAUUUUAUAAGAAAAUUUACUACUUUUUUUCUUUUUGCUUUCUUCCUCUCUGUUUGUCUAUGAAAGUAUCUGAGCUUUCUCAUUUGCAAAGGAAGUAAAAUGAAAUCUUGCUUUUGCUAUUAAUUGUAACUGAAAGAUUGCUAUUACAGUUUGAGUUUU